AUGAGAGGCAUCGUGGCUUGUUACAGCGAACACGCCAUUAACGUAUCGGAUGCGUACUGUUCAGGUCCUUCUAGUCAUUCUUACGUGUCCCCGACAUUACCUCCUUCCAUCCCCGACACAGUAACUACAACUUAUAAAUCCCAUCUCCCUUCUUCCGACAAACCCGUCUAUGUUUCGCUCACCUGGUCGGAUAAUCUCACCGUCGUGAUCUCCACGCAACCGAAUUCUUACUCUGUCUCCCUCAAGAAACCAAAAGGGUCAAGAAACUUGACUUCUUCCUCCGGUUCACUCAACGCUGAGAUCCUCUGGGAUCUAACGGAGGCAGAGUACGAUAACAACGGACCAGAAGCAACCAGAGGAUUCUCCGUCACCGUUUUGGUCAACUCCGAGAUCACCCUGAGAGUCGGCGACGUGCGAGACACGUCAUCGUGGCGGGUCUCGCGAACGGAGAGGUUCUCUGGAGCUUGCUGGCUCUCCACGAAGGCUCGGUUCUCCAACGCCGGAGAUAAACACGAGAUUCAGAUCCAAUGCGGCGGAGGAGGUGGUAGUGGAGGUGGCGGUGGAGAAGAAGGGUACUUAUGGAAAACGAAAAGUCCAGAAACGAUGUCGGUUUGGGUGGAUAAGAAGAAAGUGUUUGAGGUGAAGAAGCUGAAAUGGAAUUUUAGAGGGAACCAAACGAUGUUCUUCGAUGGAAUGCUUAUUGACAUGAUGUGGGACUUACACGACUGGUUCUCCAGAGAAACGGCAUCGUUAUCUUCCACUUCAUCGUCUUCUUCUUCCUCAUCGUCUUCUCCUCCAUGUGCUGUGUUUAUGUUCAGGAGAAGGAGUGGAUUGGAUAGUAGAUUGUGGCUCGAGGAAGACGAAGAAGAGAAUAAGAAAAAGAUUGGAGUAAGGGAAGCCAAACAUGCGUUUUCUCUUGUCAUUUGUGUCUCUAAAAAGUAA